AAGCUACGCAAUCAACAAGAGCUCGAGCGGCUCCAGGCCAAAUACGUCGGCACCGGGCAUCCCGACACGACGAGCUGGGAGUGGAAGACGAAUAUCCAUCGCGACACUUUCUCGAGUAUCGCGGGACACCCGCCGCUCUUGUCGUACAUCGCACUGGCCGAGAACGAGCCGGGCGCCAAGGUGCGCGUCCAGAUGAUUCGGAAAAUGCUACAGCCAGUUGGGCCUCCUCCACCUCGAGAAGAGGACAUGUUUGUCGCACCGCGACAGGACGGGUCAUGA